AUGGCCGCCGCCGCGCAGUACCUGCCGCGCUCCGCCGCGCUCAUGCACCCCGACGGCGACCGCCUGCACCAGGGCACCACGUACCGCGAGGUGCAGAAGAUGAUGCACCACGAGUACCUGCAGGGACUGGCCCCCGCCGCCGGGCACGCCGUCGGGCUGGCGCACCACCAGUGGCUGCCCAGCGCCGGCACGGACUGGGGCAGCGGCGGGGGCGGAGGGGGCGCGCACCUUCCGCCCGCCGAGCACGCCAAGGGCGGCCCACCGGGACCCCGCGAAGAGCUGUCGGCCGCCGCCUUCCACCACCGGCCGCACCUGGUGCACCAGCCGGCGGCGGGCGGCGCGGCGGGCGGCUGGGCGCAGGGCGGCGCGCACCACCUGCCGCCCAUGUCCCCGCCGUCGGGGCAGCCGCUGCUCUACGCGCAGCCCUACGCGGGCCUCAACGGGAUGCUGGGCCCGCCGGCGCCCGCGCUGCACCACGGGCUGCGCGACCCGCUGGGCGCCGAGGAGGCGGGAGGCCACGAGCUGGCGGCGUCGCCGCCGCCGCUGGGGCCGCCCGAGCCGUCGGACGAGGACGCGCCCAGCUCCGACGACCUGGAGCAGUUCGCCAAGCAGUUCAAGCAGCGGCGGAUCAAGCUGGGCUUCACGCAGGCCGACGUGGGGCUGGCGCUGGGCACCCUGUACGGGAACGUCUUCUCGCAGACCACCAUCUGCCGGUUCGAGGCGCUGCAGCUGAGCUUCAAGAACAUGUGCAAGCUGAAGCCGCUGCUCAACAAGUGGCUGGAGGAGACGGACUCCAGCACGGGCAGCCCCACCAACCUGGACAAGAUCGCGGCGCAGGGGAGGAAGAGGAAGAAGCGGACGUCCAUCGAGGUGGGCGUCAAGGGCGCCCUGGAGAACCACUUCCUCAAGUGCCCCAAGCCCUCGGCGCACGAGAUCACCUCGCUGGCGGACUCCCUGCAGCUGGAGAAAGAGGUGGUGCGGGUCUGGUUCUGCAACCGGCGGCAGAAGGAGAAGCGCAUGACGCCGGCCGGGGUCCCGCAUCCCCCCAUGGAGGACGUUUACGCACAGGCGGACACUUCGCCGCUGCACCACGCGCUGCCCGGCGCCGUGCCGUGA